UCAAAAACAAAAUAUCAAUUAAUAUUAUCCACUUGCGGAGAAAAAAAUUCGAAGUUGUGGCUUCUCUCCGCCCUGCUCAAACUCAAAGCCAGCCAUGGAGAAUUGUUGCAGCUUCAUGAAAUUGGACUUAGCAUCUUCUAUAACCAAACCCGCUCUAUUCAAAACCACCAACACCUUCUUCUCCUCUUUAAAUGAUGAAAAACUACCCUCCACAACUCUCAAAACCCCCCUUUCAGUGUCAACCCACAGACAUAAAACAGCAGCCACUCAAAUCUUUAAAACCUGUUUGAAAGCAAAUAGUAGCAUAGCAAAUGCUGAAGUGCCUGUGGAAGUGGAAGUUGCAGAAGGGUACAGCAUGAACCGAUUUUGUGAUAAGGUAAUUGAUGUGUUUUUGAAUGAGAAGCCUAGGGUUAAGGAAUGGAGAAAGUAUUUGGUGUUCAGGGAAGAGUGGAAUAAGUACAAGGAAAGUUUCUACACUAGGUGCAAAACAAGAGCAGAUAGAGAGACUGAUCCAACUAUGAAGCAAAGGUUAAUUUCACUUGCCUCUAAAGUUAACAAGAUUGAUAAAGAUAUGGAAAAACAUGAUAAACUUCUCAAGGAGAUUCAAGAUAACCCAACUGACCUCAAUGCAAUUGUUGCAAAACGGCGCAAGGAUUUUACUGGGGACUUCUUUCGUUACCUUGCUCUUCUUUCUGAAACUUAUGACACCUUGGAGGACCGUGAUGGAGUAGCUAGGCUAGUGGCUAAGUGCAUGUCUGCUGUCAGUGCUUUUGAUAAUACAUUGGAGAGUUUGGAGACAUUAGAUGCUGCCCAGGCCAAAUUUGAUGAUAUCCUUAACUCUUCUUCAGUGGAUGCAGCAUGUGAAAAGAUCAAAAGCCUAGCCAAGGCAAAGGAACUUGACUCUUCCUUGAUCCUAUUAAUAAAUAGUGCUUGGGCGGCAGCAAAAGAAUCCGCUAGUGUGAAAAAUGAGGUGAAGGAUAUAAUGUAUAGUUUAUACAAAGCCAUGAAGAGCAGUCUUAGGAGCAUUGCCCCAAAAGAAAUAAAGCUCCUCAAGCACUUGCUGAACAUCGCAGAUCCUGAAGAGCGAUUCUCAGCGUUGGCAAUAGCAUUCUCUCCAGGUGAUGACCAUGAAGCCAAGGAUCCUUAUGCUUUGUACUCGACUCCCAAGGAGCUGCACAAAUGGAUUAAGAUAAUGCUCGAUGCAUACCAUCUCAAUAAGGAGGACACUGACAUUAAGGAAGCCAAGCAGAUGUCUCAGCCCGUAAUUAUACAAAGGCUGUUCAUUCUAAAAGAAACCAUUGAAGAAGAAUACUUGGAAAAGACAACAUUUCAGACGCAACCAGAAGGGGACACUAAACCAGAGGACUAGUGACGUACAGUCCAGUUUUAUCAACACCUCUAGCAUAUUCUUUCUACAUUGUGACAAAUUUAGAGCUUCCAAGAUGAAGCCUCGAGCUGCAAAUUGUGAGGCUAAUUUCUGCUUCUGUUCUGUACUGGAGCUGCUGGGAGAACUGAGAAGAGACUUUGUGUGUAGCUCCCUGCAGUGUGAGAGGAUUAUAUGACUUGACAGUAUUAUUCUUCUCUCUUUGGGGACUGACGACCUGUUUCCUUUUGAUAAAUUUGUUUAUUUAAAAUGUUAAGUACAUUUAUUUUGGCGAAAAGAAAAGAAGAAGGAUUUUCAAAUCUUUUGUCGAUGGUUAAAUAUGACCAAGAUUGUUCCA